AUGGCUGUCAAGAGUCUGUGGGAUGAUCCUGGAAUACAGGAGUGCUAUGAUCGGCGCAGGGAGUACCAGCUGUCCGACUCCACCAAAUACUAUCUCACAGAUCUGGAUCGGAUUUCACAGCCCUCAUACAUACCUGACCUUCAGGACAUCCUCAGAGUCCGAGUCCCAACCACCGGUAUCAUUGAAUACCCCUUUGACAUGGAGAAUGUCAUUUUCAGGAUGGUUGAUGUGGGUGGUCAAAGAUCAGAGCGGAGAAAGUGGAUCCACUGCUUUGAGAACGUCACCUCCAUCAUUUUCUUGGUGGCACUCAGCGAAUACGAUCAGGUCCUGGCUGAGUGCGACAAUGAGAACCGCAUGGAGGAGAGCAAGGCCCUGUUCAAGACGAUCAUCACCUACCCCUGGUUCCAGCGCUCAUCUGUCAUACUUUUCCUCAACAAGACCGACAUCCUCAAGGAGAAGAUCUUGUACUCUCACAUAUCCACCUACUUCCCUGAAUUCACAGGUUAG